AUGCGCUGUGCCCGACCGACCUCGCUUGUUAGAGUAUCCCGGAAAACAGCGAAUAAAGAAGAGUAAGUACACAUAUGCGCUAACAAACAUUGCAAAACGUCUUCUUCCAGCUACCAUUACACACGUCAGAUUUAAGUUGGGAUUGGACAUUUUUGCGUAAAGAUCUCAGUGUUAGUGUUAUCAGUCAUUAUUUUAUCCAUGAGGCGGUUGAGAGCUUCGUACAACCAUAACUUCGUAUAAACAUAACUUCGUAAUUAUUACGAAGUGUACGUGUGGGGUAUACCAUGCACCAAGUGAGAAGGAGCUGAAAACGAAUGCAAAAACUUAUGCGGCCUCAGAAACUGUUCUUUAUUUCUCCGGUGCUCCAUUAUGCACGAUCAAGUGAGACACGAGGAGCGAUACGCGCUCGAAGGGUGAGACUCGCGCCCUUCUUCUCGUGUGUGACUCCACUCGUCUAAAAAAGCAGAAAAUGACGCUUAUUCUGAAGGCUACCUUAACACAGGUUAUAAUUUCUGUCCAGUUUCUCCUCGUGUUUAUAUAGGGAAUAAAGGAAAGUGAGACAAAUCAGUAAUGUCUAACCGGUUCCCUUUAAAAGAAAGAUAAACCCGAGUUAAAGAUGGCGAUGUUUUAUUGAUUGAGGGGAAUCAUACUUACCGUUAACUUUUCCUUGUGGUCUUCAAGCUCUUCCAGCGUCAGUUCGUCUUUCUCGUGAGUUUUUCUUACGAGCGAGAUUCAACCAGGUUGCAUAAGAGGAUCAGCUCAACGAACCGUAAUGAAUCUCGUUGUCUGAGGUCUGAGGGCUUACCGCAUGUGAUUUCCUUUUCUUUAAGCGAAAGAAAUUAAUAUAACCUUAAGUAAGCUUUAACCCACCUCUAAGAAAAACUGUCACCGAAAAAACCCGGCGGGCAGAGUGGGAUGGCAGCAAGUGUUUCGUAAAAUUCGCUUCUCUGGUUUUCAAAGUGUAAAUGUUAACUUUCACGUUCUAAUUGUCCACGCUCUGCAAGUUUCGCUAUAAUUUUUUUUGUCGCGUAACUGCUUAUUUACCACAACACUCCCAUAAAUAAGGCAUCAACGUCGUGCAAGUCGUUGUAAACUAUUGGUUACACUGGAUUCAAGGUCUGUUGUAGAAAUAAAUGUAUCUGGAGUGUCUUUUAGGCGAAUUUUACCAUAAUUAUUAUCAUUGAUCAGAUGUGCUUAUUUGGUAUCGCUAUAUGAUUUGUUACCGACAGUUCUUCUGAAACUUCCACAGUAGUAUGGCAGUUAUUACACGGAAAUCUUGGGUGUUUCAGGGUGCCAGGGCCUUAGGAACCCUAUAUGGAAACAAAUCAUUGCGUCACCACGAUGGAAUUCCGGUUCUGAAGAGGUAAAUCAAGUGGCUAUAAAUAAUCUUUCUGGCGGAAAAUAAGAAAAAUCCUGCUAUUGUAUUAAGCCAGGAGCCAUGAUGGGCUCCUGAUUAGGCUCAAAAAUAAUACUGAUCUUCAAACAUUCUUUCUCGUAUCCAAGAUGAUUAAGAAACUAAAACCCGUGAUUCUAAACAAAACAAAGCCUUAAGAUACCCCGACCCGCACCGGGUACGGGUAGGGCGCCAUAUUUGACCAUAUUUGGCAAUGACAUCAUCUCGCUACAAGAUAACCUAGCCGUUUAUCCAGGGUAGAUGGCAUUUAACGCGUGGUUACUUACGGGAAAGACGGGGAAGCUGAGAAGACCAGCAAAAGACGUUCAGAAAAGUGUAAAAGUCAAAAGAGCGAAAGUGUAAGUUAAUUUGUGCUGCCUAAUCGGUGCUAUACCAAGAAACAUUUACCGAAAACCAGCUGACUGGUCAUUGGAAGCAACGAAUGGUGGAGACUGGUUCGAAGUCGAAAAAUUUCUUUGGCAGGCAAUAUUGUACCAACUAUUUUUGUGAACUUUAUCAAACUUACGUGGCCAAAAAGCCGCCAUGUUUACCAAAAGUCAAGAAGUUAUUCCCAGUCCUCCCAUGUUUAGUCCGGGUUACUUGAGUUGAUCUUCCCGCCACAUUUCACGCGUACGGCUACCGGUAAAAGCCGUCUAACGGAAUCGGGGUAUAUUAAGGUCCCUAUUUCUUUAUUUCUUUUGAUUCGCGUACGGGGGGAAGGGGGGAGGAGGGGAGGGAGUCUUAGAAGAAGGAUUGUUCGUUGAAAAGGUUCUGUUGAAUGUCUCGAAUAUGCCUAAUGUCUCUAAUGAUUAACUCACUCUUAGAACAAAACGUGUUUCACUUUGGCGUCUUUAAGAGAUCGUAAAAAAAUUAAGUUUCCUGUUCAGCAGGCUCAAUUCAAGGUUGAAACCAAUACAAGGACUUAGUCUCCGCCAGCAGUUCCUGUGUCCAAAAACUUAAGUUGGGAAUGGUUUCACAACAGUAUGGAGAUAAGAGAGACACUGUCGUACAAAUUGCCAAGUUUAGUCACACACAUCCAUGUAAUCUUUAGAUCCGACUUCGACAACUACAAGCUAUCUUUCUUACCUUGGGACUCUUAUGCGGUUGCACUGCAUAAGAGUCCCAACACAUUUCUUCAGAAUGUAUAACUGGAUAGCUCGAUAGGCGCACUGCAAAGUUAUGAUUUGCGAUUAGCAAUUAAUUAAAAAGAUCAGUUCCCCUCGAAAUUUUUUCCUUAAAUGUGGCUGACCUUUCAUUGUUUUGGUUCUAAAACACGGCGACGGAUGGUGAACGAUCCUUGGGAUGGAGAUUGCGUGAUCAUACCCGUGUAACGGUUUGCAUGUAUCUGCAAUCAUACCCUUUUUUCAUAUUCCUUUCAUCUCCUUUCCAUGUCACUUCUUUUCAAUAAGAGAAAUUCAACGAAAGUGGUUAUCUGAAUAGGACUGGGGUACGCGAAAGUCUUACGCUACUGACAAUUAUCUUACCAAACUUUUCAAACAAACUUUUUUUGCCUCACAGGAAAUUGAGCAAUGGAAAGGAGAGUAAACUUGAAGCUCUAGUGACCUUUGGGGAAUCUAAGCGCACUAUACGCUUUAAGAAGGGAGACGAUUUGAAAACCUUUCGUCAUCAUUUCUUAAGGGCCUUCUCUGAUAUUCUCUCAGAAGAUGUUGCUCCAGGGAAUGUUAAAUUUCAGAAAUUUGAUCAUAACUUCAAUGAAUAUGUGGAAGUCAAACAUGACCUAUGGUUGGAAGAAAAUGACAAGCUGAAAGCCAUAGUCAUUCUAAAGAACGAGAACAAGGUAUACACGUUUUCCAGUAAUGUCCUUAAUCUCACCUAAGUACGACCGAAUAGCCAGAAACAGGAGCCUAUAGGCAUGGAAAGUUAAAAAAUAAAUAAAUAAAAUACUGCUCAUUUGCAGGGUACCUCAUGAGAUGUUCUAGUGAAGCAACAUUGUGUCAGAAGACCUGAAAUUGACGUUCCUUUAACUUGAUUCAUCUUUUCGGAAACAUCUGCGCGUCCAAAGGCUUUUAUUGAAAGAUUUUAAAAAAUCCCCGUAAGAGGGCCGUACGAGAUUGUGCGGGAGGGUCCUACAAAUUACGCACGUACGGCAAUGCACGAUGCACGAUGCAAAAGGCAGGAAACAAAUGAAAAAAGACAUAACGUGGCGGCCGCAUGAUAUUGAACGAGUUAGGUCCAGGCAAAACGAGAGAAUAUUUGAUUCUUCAUGACCUCAGCCAAAUAUUUACCCUUACGUCUCUCCUAUGAAGUCAGUAAGUACAUAUUAUUUUAUCGACGAUAAACAUGCAGUAAAUGUACUUAAAGUAAGAAGGAAAAUAACUAACAUCAAGAAAACUGUGUCAAAACAGGCAUGAACGGCAAAAAAACCAUCCAUGACCCAUCAGACCGUCAAUUUGCUCAUGAAUGAGUGCGAACCUGUUAUUAUUUAUUUGUAUUGAACACAUUUAGCUCAUUCACUGAUAAAUAUAAUACACAAGGAUUAGUGAAGUGCGUUUGAUCUACCCUAGGAAUGCCGAGAUAUUUUUGUCUCGGCGUAGCAAAAUCCAAUGUAUAAUUUCCAGUUUUGAUCCAAUAAUUUUGGAUUCUCAUCUCUUUUCUGGGUGUAUCUCAUGUAUUAUCUCUCAAUCAGUAAAUAACGCGUUAAGAUAGUGUGAUACUGACAGAAAGUGACUAAAAAGUCUUUUAUUUCCUUGGAUAAAAUAGAGACGGUUACAGAUGGCAAAUGAUUGAUAUACUAUUAAUAUUUUUUAACGUCGGCUUCACAUAUUAAUCUGAGCAAUAAAGGUUUAAAAGUACCUUGAUAAGCGUUCAAUAGGUCAUUUUUUUCGUAUCUUGAAGCACUGAUUAAAAAUAUUUUGCCAAAUUCCUCCCUAGGCUGCACAAAUGUCUUCCGCUGAGAUUCAACAAGACAUGGAACCCCAGCAGUGGCCCCAAUUGUGGCCCCAUUGUCACGUGAUGUAUUCAUGGUUUCCAAUAAAUUAUGUGGGGCCGGGUUCGCCGAUGUUUUUAAGGCCUCAUCCAAUCAAAAAAAAUAUCACAUACCAACUUUGGAGCCCAGUCAGCAAGAUAAACGACGGUUGCAUUGAACGUGAUUCGCAGACUAAUAUAGUGAAUUGUAAAGGAAAUUUCAACGGAGGAAUUAACAGUAAGUUUGACGUCUCGACUUUUUUAGCAAGAACAAGGACAUGAUUAGGAAAAUCAUCAUCAUCAUCACCAUCACCAUUACCAUAGUCGUCAUCAUCGUCACUGUCUCCGUUCUCGUCGUCGUUUUAAUUUUCCCUAUCUACAUCAUUCUCAUUAUAAUAAUUACCAUUGACAUUGUUACAUCAUUUCUAUCAUUACUGUCAUCUUCAUUACUAUAGUCUGACAUUCCUCGGCCUGUUUAACUAAACUCCCCUUUGACUUAACACAUGUACAUGCUCAAGUAAUCCAUUGAAUCCUAUCCAUGUCAGCAAACAGUUGGUCAUUACAAAUGUUUUUUUCUUCACUUCCUUUAGCUGUUAUGAAAGCUAUUGAUGAAACAAGAAAUUUGACCUUCUACGUGGCGCUUCAGUUUAAAAAUAGUUCAAAUAGAAAGGACUAUGUACUGACUGGAAAUGCAGAAGGACAGGACAUUACCUCCACAGUAAGUAACAGCUUUAAGUUUAAGAACUCUUUACGGGGCCAAUUCACAUUAUCAACUCAUAUGAUACUCCCACCCCAUCGACGAACACUACAGUUCCCUUAGCACCUUACGUCCUGUUUCUAAAGAUUGACCGACCGACCAACCGACUGACUAACUGAAUGACCGACUGAAUGAAUGACCCACUGACUGACCGACUGACUGACUGACCGACUGACCGACUGAACAGCCAACUGCCUGAAUAACCAAUCGACUGACUAACGGAAUGACCGAUUGACUGACUGACUGACUUACUAGCUGACUCACCGACCGACUGACAUUGUGCUACAAUCUUUGUAGAUACUUUUUCUGUCAUCUCUAUGAUUAGUAAAAGUCUAACUUAAAAAAACAGAGAAUAAGGUUGGAUUUGCUAGUUUUCUACCUUAACAGGAGGUACAAAUUGGAGUGCCACUCGACGAUAAAUGUAUCUUUUUGCCCCUUUACUACUGGAGUUACACCAUGUUCCAAAACAAGAACGAUAAGAACCUAUACCUGGGUUGCGAUCACACUGGAAAAGCAACAUUGGUGAAAAAUGCUGACCUCGACUAUCCCAACCCUCAAGCUCUGUUUAUUUUAAAAAGAGUUGUUCAAGUUGAGUAACUCCCUUGUGAAUAAAACUGACUUCUAAGCCCAAUAAAGAUCACGGCUUUUCCCCACUUUGCCAUUUUAUCAUAAUCUUUAGAGGCAUAUGUUAGCCAUGUUUUGUAACACACUCAGCAGAUUCGAUAGAAUAAUCCAGCUACUAAAGAGUUAAUUCGACGUUUUCAAGCCUCCGAGAUAGACAUUUAUUUCCCUCCGUUUGUAAGGUAGAAUAAAAUAGAAUACAAGCAUGACGCAGCUUUAAAUAAAAGAAAUGUAAACUUUCCAACACCUGAAUUCAAUUUCUACUUCAACUAACAACAGAAAGAAAAGAGAAAGGGAGGGAGGGUACAGGAAUAGUAAAGGGCGAUAUAAUACUACGCAAGCGAAAGAAGGCGAGUUAAGGGCAGAAGGUGCGAAGAAUUAAUUUCUUGAUUGGUUUGCAAUGGCC